AUGCCUGAUAGAUGUGCAGUUUUCGGCUGUUCAAAACGAGCAAAUUAUGCGGAAGGAAUUUCUCUUCACCGUAUACCAUUUUACGGUGAUGAGCGUCCUGAAGCGAAGCGAAGACGUAAAAUCUGGGUGAAUUUUGUUGCAAGAAAACGCGCUCGAUGGACACCGACUAAGUAUUCGGCUGUUUGUUCCGUUCAUUUUACUGAUGCGGAUUACGAAAAAUACAUGGUAGAAAUCCCAGGGACGAAGAAUUAUACACCAAGGCUGAAAAAAGAUGAUUUUGGAAUCACCGCUUAUCCAACAAUAUUUCUAAAAGAUGAUGAACCAAAAAAUCCUACACCUAGAGAGAAAUGA